AUGGCAGUGGAAGGUGCACCACCUCCAAAGGCGGCUGGUAAACACCCACACAAACAUCCAUCAGAGCACAAACAACCGGAGGCCCAAUCCUUCCGCCUGAUCCUGGAUCAAAAGUUCAUUGCUCCAUCCCGUGUCAGGCGUCCAAUCAACAAUGACUCCAUCUCUCCCUGGACAUACACCUUCACCCAUGAUGAAGACAUGUACCCCACUGAUAUCGCCGAGGCGAAAUGCUCUCUGACGGGAUGUCUGAACAACGAUGGCGAGGAAGUCCUCGACUUUGAGUCUAAACCAAUUUACACACAGGUUUUAGUCCUCAAGAGAGUAAAAGGGGAGGGGAAGGACUAUCAUUUCAGACUGGAGUCCAAAACCAUCUCCGUUGGAUGUACUUGUGUGCGGCCACAUAUCGAGUACCAGUAA